GAAAAAUAAUCUUGCUGUUAAGGCAUGUGAACAUAAAUUCAAAUUGAUUUGGACCGGAGGUAGUUUUAUUGAAGAUGUUAAUGAACAUAAAUCUCCAAAUCCUGGCUUCAAAUUCAAAGAUUUUACUGAUAUAAAAAAUGGAACCGUUCGUUCAGAUCUUUUAAUAGGUUUGUAGUGUUAUCAGUGGCAUUCAAUUUUGAGCUAUUCAGUUUAUACUUGGAUUUGCCUUCAAAUCUCUCUGGUGGUAAAUGUUUAAGCUUGGAUUAUGGACUUAAAGGCGGCGAGAUAGCAAUGGCUGCAUAUUGUUCUGAGCUUCAGUUUUUAGCUAAUCCUGUUACUAAUCAUGUUCAAAGUGCAGAACAGCAUAAUCAAGAUAUUAAUUCACUUGGAUUAAUCUCAGCUAGGAAAACAGCAGAAGCUGUUGAGAUAUUAAAGCUUAUGGCUUCAACUUAUUUGAUUGCUUUAUGUCAAGCAAUAGAUUUGAGGUAUUUGGAGGAGAAUUUAAAGAGUACAGUUAAGAAUACAAUGAGUCAAGUGGCUAGAAAAAUCUUAAAUGUUGGAGUCAAUGGUGAGAUUCAUCAUUGCAUGUUUAGUGAGAAAAAUUUGAUUAAAGUGGUUGAUUGUGAGUAUGUUUUUGCAUAUAUUGAUGAUCCUUAUAAUGACACAUAUCCACUUAUGCAAAAAUUGAGGCAAGUGCUUAUGGAACAUGCAUUGAAGAGUGGUAAAAAUAAUGAUUUGAAAAGUUUAAAUGCUUCUAUUUUCCUUAAGAUAGGUGCAUUUGAGGAGGAACUAAAAAGGGUGUUGCCAAAAGAGGUUGAAUCUACAAGAAGUGCUUUUGAAAAAGGAAUUUUGGCAAGUCCUAACAAAAUCAAGAAAUGCAGGUCUUAUCCAUUGUAUAAGUUUAUUAGAGAGGAAUUGGAGACUGAGUUUUUAACUGGUGAGAAAGUUAAAUCACCAGGAGAAGAUUUUGAUAAAGUUUUUAAUGCAAUUAAUCUUGGAAAGAUAAUAGAUCCAAUGUUUGAAUGCCUCAAGGAUUGGGAUGGUACUCCACUUCCUAUAUAAUUUCAUUGGUACAAUGUUUUACUAGGAUUGCAAUGUAUUUCCCCUGUAAGGUAUUAUGUAUGCAUAGUGGUUUCCUUUUGUUAAAAGACAGUGAAUGUUGUUAAUACCUUGUAUUUUAGUAUAGAAUUUAAACAUUAAUUUGUUAAUAUCUUGUGUUAACUUCUCUUAAAAAGUAUUGUUAAUACAAACACAAUGGGAUGUUUCUGGUUCGAAUAUAAAUUUGGGCAUUCAACGACAUUAAAACUCUUGUGAAGAGUUUAUCGUUCAUUUAGG